UUUCAGCAAGGCAGGCAGGCAUCAGUGUGCAUAGUGUUUCGAAAGAGGAAGGUGGUUUUUAUUCGCAAAUGUAGUAGUGUCACUCGUUUAUUGUCGUUUUGGACUGAAAAUUAUUUCAGGCCAAAUCGUCAAAAUGCCGGGUUUGAUUCGUGUGAGUGAAUUUGUUGAAGAAACUCGUGAGGAUUAUAAUUCACCAACAACAUCAACGUUUGUGUCACGGAUGCCACAAUGUAGACAGACAAUUGCAUCUUUGGAAGAGACGCUGGAUUUCGAUCGUGACGGUUUAACCAAGAUGAAGAAAGCAAUCAAGGCAAUUCAUAAUUCCGGAAACUCUCAUGUGGAUAACGAGAUGUACCUCUCCCGGUCCCUCGAGAGGCUGGGGGGUAAUGCGCUGAGCAAAGACCAGGAACCGGAUAUUGGAGCAGCUUUUCUUAAAUUUGCUGUCGUCACCAAAGAGCUCUCGGCACUUAUGAAGACUUUGAUGCAGAACAUAAACAACAUUGUGAUGUUUCCAUUAGAGAAUCUCCUCAAAGGUGACCUAAGGGGUGUUAAAGGUGACUUGAAAAGGCCAUUUGACAAAGCAUGGAAAGAUUAUGAAGCCAAGUAUGCAAAGAUAGAGAAAGAAAAGAAGCAGCAAGCAAAGGAAGCAGGAUUAAUUCGAACUGAGGUUACGUCUGCAGAGAUUGCUGAUGAAAUGGAGAAGGAGAGAAGAGUUUUCCAACUGCAGAUGUGCGAGUACCUGAUCAAAGUAAAUGAAAUUAAAACUAAGAAGGGCAUUGAACUGCUUCAACACCUCGUUGAGUAUUACCACGCACAAACUAACUACUUCCAAGAUGGCCUGAAGACGAUAGAGCAUUUUGGCAGUUACGUCGCAGAUCUUUCUAUUAAACUGCAGAAUAUCAGGCAGAAACAAGAUGAGGAAAGGCGAAGAUUAACAGAACUCAGGACUCUCUUGCGGAAUGCACCCGGACUUGACAAGGAGGCCACCUCCUUGAACACGAGUGGGACUUCUGGGGGAGCAGAGAAGGGUACAGGAUACUCACUACAUCAGUUGCAAGGUGAUAAGCAACAUGGCGUUACUCGUACUGGCCAUCUUCUGAAGAAAUCUGAAGGGAAGAUGAGGAGAGUCUGGCAGAAACGGAGGUGUCGGGUCCAAGCCGAGGGCUUUCUGGAUAUCUGCCAUGCAGAUGAGACCAAACCUCCAACUCGUGUCAACCUCCUCACAUGUCAGAUCAAACUUGUUCCUGAUGACAAGAGAUGUUUUGAUCUCAUAUCCUACAACAGAACAUACCAUUUUCAAGCAGAAGAUGAAGCCGACCAGCGAGCAUGGAUGUCAGUGCUGGUGAAUUGCAAGGAGGGAGCACUUAUGAGAGCGUUUGAUGAUAGUGGAAAGUCUGGUGGUGGUAAACUAAAUCCUAGUCUCCUUGAACUCCAGCAGGCUAUUAUACGCUAUGUACAGAAAUUACCUGGUAAUGACAGAUGCUGUGAUUGCAAUUCACAGAAUGAUGCAACGUGGUUAUCAACAAAUUUUGGAAUUAUCGUUUGUAUCGAGUGUUCAGGGAUCCACCGUGACCUUGGCGUUCAUAUUUCUCGUAUUCAGUCACUCACUCUAGACAAUGUUGGUACAUCACAGCUCCUGCUGGCUCGACAUAUGACUAACAAUGCAUUUAAUGAUAUCAUGGAAUAUAUGCUUCAUGUAUCAAAACUUACACCUGCAGUACAUGUCACAAAGCUCUCUCCAAAUAGUACGAUGGAAGAAAGAUACGAGUUUAUUCGUGCAAAAUAUGUGGAGAAGAAAUUCGCUUCUCACACUUGUUCUGAUGAGCGAGACCUUCUCAGUGAUCUGGAGCAUGCUGUUAACAAUAAGAACCUGUAUCAUCUGCUGCAAGUUUUUGCAGAGGGUGUUGACCUAUCAGCUCCUCUGCCAACAAGUGACAUUGGAGAGACUGCUCUCCAUUUGGCUGUGGUACGUGAGAUGGGAAACUCAUUGCAUCUGGUGGACUUCCUGGUUCAGAACAUGCCAACACAGGUGUUGGACAAGGCAACACUAGCUCCAUCGGACAGUACUGGCUCUGGUAGCAAUACAGCUCUUCACUUGUGUGCACUGCAUGACAAGGCAGAGUGCAUGAAACUGCUCUUGCGAAGUGGGGCCGACCCAAAGUUACGCAAUGCUCUGGACAAAACGCCACUAGAUAUCGCCCAGGAGCGAGGACACCACACUUGUGAAGAACUGCUAAGACAUGCACUGCAGAGGCAGAAGAAUCAUUUUGAUAAUGUGAAUAUAGACUGGAAUCUGUCUCAUGAUGAAGGUUCAACAGACUUUUCAGAUGAUGAAACCAUUAUUGAAGACAGGAAUGGAUCUAUAACACCUGAGAAGAAGUCAAGGUCUCGUCCACCAAGCUAUGCAGGAGGAGAAUCUCCUGUGAAUCCUAGAUCUCGAUCAUCAACUUCAGAUAGUCUGAAAUCAGGUUCAAGUCCAAAUAGUAACUACAGGCAAAUGCCUCCUCCACCACCUCCAAAGGAAAAGAAACCUUCCACAGCAGGCUCUGGUAGCAUAAAGAAGCGAGCAGCACCCCUUCCUCCAGGAUCAUAUAACAUGUAUGGCACUCUACCAAACAGCCAUAGUAGAACACCAUCGGAUCCAAUUGUGCCCAACAGUCACAUGGGCUACCACACUCUUAACCACCAUAAGCGUUCACCAUCAAGUGACUCGAGUGCUGUGAGUUCGGGUAUUGUGCGGACAGGGACUGCAGCUUCUGUACAUUUACCUCCUGGCGCGAAGCUAGUCAUACCUGCCGGAGAGCCACCAUCCCUUAAGACAACUUCAACAGCAUUUGAUAAAUCAUGUAGUGGUAGUAUAUCAGGAUCUGGAAGCAUACAGCGACCACGUGGUCCUCCUCCUCCAACCCCCAGCCCAAUGCAAGGUGUUCGUCUCUCAAACGGUCGCUCAACGGAGAGUAUAUCUUCCAUGUCAUCUGAUGUGGAGUCUACAAGUAGUCUACAUAAUCCUGUUCCACCUCCAAGAAAGAAGAAAGAAAGAUCACAGCUAGAAAGUUAUGCCGAAGAGAGUGACCUCAUCAUCUCCUUGCCAUAUUUCUUCUGUCCUAUGCAGCAACCACAGCCAGCUGUGAUGGCAACAACAGUUCCAGUGACAGGUACCGUCAACUCCCCUGCAGGUGGCAGCACUGGCAUGGUUGGUCUCCGUCGCUGCCGAGCGCUCUACGACUGUGAGGCGGAUAAUGAAGAUGAGUUAUCCUUCAGAGAGGGAGAGAUCCAUAAUCACCAGGCGUCCAUUGAGUGAACUGGCUAUGAUGAUGAUGAUGAUGAUAAUUUACACAGAAUUGGUAAGUCUUCAUGUUGGGUGAAUUAGCAUUAAGAUACAGCAUUGGGAACAGAAUUUUUUUACUUACUGUGCCAACCCUGAAUUUAGACUAGUCAUCAGUUCUGCUGCUUCUUCUGUGUUGACACCAACACAUUUAAACCAAUCCAAACCACUUUGUUAGAAACUUGCCCAACACUCAGAAAAUUUGUUCUCUUGUGGUUCAAGUAGGCAGCCCUUCACUCAGUAAGGACUCUCUCAUUCAAUAACCAUAUUGUCAGAUUUAGUGAAACCAACAUAAACCACAAAUACUGCGCAAUUUGCAGCAUCAAUUGAUUUGACUAACCUUAUUGCUAACUUCUUACUAUUUAUCAGCAUACUGAUUAACUGUUCAUUCACAUCAUCUGAAAGCAGAAAUUUGAUGACUGAAGAAUGGCAUGCAUGUUACUGUAUUCUCUGCUAAAGCUGUUUUUGCCAUGUGUGCCAUAUCUGGUAAAGUUCUAAGGUGUAAUAGUGCUAGGUUUCUUAGCUUUCACUAUACAUAAAGCUACCUCAGAAAGAUUUUGUUGUAUUUUGUCAAAUGACACUGUUGCUGUUUCAUUAGCUCAUGUUUACAUGAGAGAAAUUUGAUAUGGUUUAUCACAGUUUCACUGUGCUGUAUUUUUCUAGUGUUCAACUUUGAUGGCUUUGACUAGUGUUAGUCAGCACCUAUGAACAAAAUGCGCAAGUGCACAUUGUUGUUUUGGCUUACAUUCUGAACCAAAACAAAACUUUAAACCAGAUACAUAUACAUGUGUCUUUGAAUUUUGCCAUUGGUGCACAUCUUUGCAGCUGGUUUGGCUGCCACAUCUUUGUCAAAAUCUGAAUGCAAGUAACUGCUGACAGAAACUGAGCCAUGCAUUUGUUAAGGAGCUGUUUUAUAUUUCAAAUAUUUAUUCAUUAUUACCAAUCUGUAAGAGUAAAUAAAUUAUUGAUUUGAUUAAACAAUCUUCAAAACAUAAUAUUUAGCAGUGGUAAUUUCUGAAACUAUUUAAAGCAAUCAUUAUUUUGGAUUUACUUAAAAAUCCUGUGACUAACUUUCAUGGGUGUUGUGACCUAAGGUUGGAAAAGACAGUCAUAAUAUACUGUAAUCCUCCAUCGUACCAGAAUCAUUAUUUUUAUAGAAAUGCAAUUUUUUGUGUCUGCCAUUACGUAUCUUUACAAUCUCCAUUUACUCUGCUUAACAGCUGGGUAUGAGGAAGUCAAAAGGGUUCCACUCCAUAUUUUACGUAAAGUGUGUCAUAACAUGUUUAUAAUACUACUACUUCCAUAAUAAGGAUUAGACAGAAAAUCGCAUUCUGAACUUAUUGGAAUUGUUGCUUACACCUGUUCUUUGGUCAGCCCAUGUCAUGUGUUCCAAUUGGCUCAUAAAAGUUGGCGUACCACAGCAAGUGUUCAGAAUACAUUUUUUCAACAUAUUCUAGCCAGAGUUUAAAUUUUAUUCAUAAUACAAAUAAAAAAUGUACAAAUUGGGGCAGUGCCUGCUAUCUUCACUUGCCACAGUCAUGUUUCUCCAUAAAGAGCAAAAAUUCAAGAAAACCUAAGAAAUGUCAGUUAAUAUAGCCAAGGGUUCGGACUGGAUAUCUCCUCAAUGGUAGAAAACACUCGGCUGCUUUGAUUGUUACUUUUUAACUAAAUUCCAUUUAAGUAGGUUUCUUCAAGAAAUUGUAAGUGAUAUUACAGAAUGUUUUUGUUCACAUGACAGUUUUAUUCUGAAACCAUUAGUUUAAUAAGCAAUUUAUAUAUGGGCAUGUAAUGUACAGUAAAUGGAAAAUUUUGAGUCUGAAUUUUCAUGUGGAAAACAUGUUGGCUAUGGUAGGGAUGGUUUUUGAAAAUAUACCAUAAAAUAAAAUAACAUCUAAGUACCAAACCUUUGGUUGAAGUGGUUGUAGAUACUGCUCAUUACUCAGGAGAGAAUAUCUGACCUUGGCAGUAUGGAUCUUUACUAGAAAUUGACGUAUUAUAGUUGAGAAAACAUUAAGCUGCAGUUCGGUCAAAUUCUAUAUGCAAGUUAAUUUAAUUCCUUUUUGGUUAUUUUCUAUUUGUUUGUGGCACAAACUGUACACAUUACAAAUGGUGAGCAAUCAAAAGAAGGGCAAAACCAUUUAUAAUGGUGCUAGAGCGAUAAAUUAUGUGAACCACAAAUGUAAAUAAGAAGUAGUAAAGAAAGUCCGAUUUUGCCUAUUUGCCAUGCAGAUGAAAGGGCAGCAAAGUAUUUAUGGAGUGUCAGUUGUAACAGUGAAACUUUAGAUGGGAGAGGGGGGAGAGAAAUUUUGUAGAGUUUAAGCCUUAUAUCCCCUCCCCCUUCCAACAUCUGGCUGCACUGUCAAGGUCAAAGCUUUUAUCCAGAGGAACAGACGGUGUGAAAUAAGUCACUGGAAGAUAAAUUGUGACUAAAUAUCAAACAUUGUAAUCGUGUUUGUAUGAAAAGGUAUUUCUUCAAAAGUGAAUUGCCUUGAUGCUAGGCAGAAAAACUGGUUUUGGGGGUGAAACAAGUAUGUUCAGGGGGUUGUAAAGAGUCCCUUAUUUUGCUGUCUUGUCUGUUUCUUAAAUGUCUCACAGUUGUCAUGUACAUGAAUACUGACUUGGAAAUGGUGGCAAAGAAUAAAAUCUUUAUCCCAGGAAAAUUGAAUAACUAACUGUUAACCUUCUUAACUUUCUUCAAUGCUCAUCACACUUUAGCAUGAGCAAAGAACAUCCAUGUCUGUCUGUCACAUUUUUUUUUACAACAAUGGGGUCAGACUCCAGUGUAGUCUAAGGGUUCCAGUUGUUGCCCAGUAAUGACAUGGAUCACACAGGUGCAAGAAUGACCCAGAUGCAAAUGACCUUGGGUCACAUGAAUGCAAUGGCAAAAGUCAUUUAUCGGCCCAUUACUACCUCAGUUCUUCACUAGCAUUACAUUCAGCGUGACGGUUAAUUUGUUGUUUGGAUCAUUAAAAUUUUAAUCUUUUUAAUGUGUUUUAAGGCCCUUCAUCCAGAGUUUCCUGCAUAUUUAGGUCAUGAUUUCAUUUGCUUUGUUUUUUAACAUUAACCAGUCACAUUAUUAAUGUUAGUACAAUCAAGUGUUAACAAAGAGAUGUGAUAAUUGGUUUCCUCCUAUCCAAAGUCACCUGAAAGUCCUCUUAACCAUAAUUAGAAGUAUCUGGUGUCCAUUCAGGUUCCCUGACACUUGAAGUUAAGAGUUUCUGAAGUUAUAUUAUGCUCAUACUCGGUAUGAACUAUAUAACAUCACCAACAUGAUUACAAAAGAAUUCAUAUAUGAAGUGCAGGUUCAGAAUUUAAAUUUGCCCUGCAGUUUUCAAAGUGGACAUUACAUGGAAUCAUUAUUCAGAUUAGACAAGUUAAGAAAAAAGUGAAUGGUGAUUAUCAUUAAUAAAUUAUUAAAAGGGUACGAAUGGACAUCAUUUAUUUGUAAUUGUGGAAUAGUUUCAUAAGCAAAAAUUGUAUGUUUACAGAUUUCAAAAACAGAUUUGCGUCCUGGUGUUCCACAGUGUAGAUUAAUAUAGUUAAAAUAUAAAUCUGUGUACAGACUGUGAUGUAGCUCAGAUCUAUGAAUUAGACAGUCUUUCUUUGUCUUGUUAUAAAUAGCUAGAAACUGAAAUUUAACUUACACAGCUCUCUGGUGCAUAUUAAUUUUUCUUCAUUAUAAAAGUUCUGGUUUAUAUAUGCCACAAAGUGAAUAUUUUAGUUCCUUGUUAAUUUUAGAUAUUAUAAAAAUGUGCAUACAUUAUUAUUUAACCCUUUGAAGCCAAAGAUUAUCUAAGUAACAUUAAAGAUUCAGUUCCUACUGCAAAGAAAAUCACUUCUCCAUUAGAAAGACAAAUUGAUUAAUAUUAUUAAAGGAAAUAAUGACUCUUUGACCCAGAAAUAAACAGCAGAAUACAUGUGGUACAUAUAGUUAUCAGUUUGCUUUAGAGGGUUAAAUAGAAACACAUUGAAUUCUUAUUUUUCUUUAAUUCCUUUAUUUGUUAAACGUGGUCACAUUAUUUAGUGUUUAUAUUUUUUGUGUAUACCAUUGUGCUGUAAUUUUAUUUGUAUCAGUGGCCAUAAUACUUUGCAAAGAUAGACAUUUAUUUGAUAAUGCAGUGUGUGCGUAGUUUACUCUCAUAAUGUUAGCGGCGCUGCUGUAAGAAAUAUGAUUGUACUCAGCACAGUAAAAUAAUUUUUUUACUAUAGUAAGGUAGAAACAAAAGUGAAUUUUACAUUGUAUGAGUCUUCAGGGUAUUACACUACAGCAAAAUAAUAACAAUUACUGACAUUGUGGAGGAACCUCCUGCCACCUCCUUCAGGGUAAGAGUGACCUGAAUGUAGUGUCAAAGUUUUUGUACUGGGCUGUAACAGACAGUUCUACAAGCUUCUGUUAGCAACAUUAAUUACUGAAAUUUGAGGUGAAGCACAUGUGAUGAUAUUGAUUGUCUUCGGUGGUUACCAGUGUUUCAGAGAAUGUUGGUAACCACAUACAAGACUGCACAACCUAGAAGACCACAGUCAACAACAUUAGUUGUGAUCUGAUCUCACAUAGGGAUUAUCGUACAAGAUCACAGCCAAGUUUACGCCAUUCUUAGUGGUAAUGAUUUAUGUUACUGCAUAAACCAUCUAACACUAUUUUUUGUCACUUAAACCCCAAAAGAAGCAGGGAGUAACUCUAAUCCAUAAAAACUUUACACUGCGACAAGAUGCAAUACAUACUCUACAAUGAAAAAUAAACUCCUUUAGUGUGACUUUGCAUAUCUUUGUGAUUUACUAUGUUUUGUGAAUGGUAAUUAUGUUUCAGUUGUCAGGAUUGAACAGAGUGAGCACAAUGUAGCUUUAUAAAUUUUGAGUCAUACAAAAAUUUAAUGUGAUGAUAUUAAGUUACAUAGCAAGGUACAUUACAUUAUAAUGACAACAGCAUUUAAAUUUGGCUGCCAGCUGUAACAUGACUGACAUGUCCUCUAUGGUCACCCAGGUGGAUGCUCUAAAAAUAAAAUGGGUUUUGUAUGGUGAUAUCAAUUAAAUUACAGUCUCUUAAAUGAAAUUAAGAUCUUAGGCACUUAGAGAGUGGUUUACAGUAUAGGUUUCACUAUAAUUUAUGCAAUUACCAGAUUGUGCUUUCAUGAGAAGAAAAAGUGGGUUACAUCAUGAAUUAAAUGAAAUUGAGCAAUAAUUAACUCUCAAGAAAGACUGUAUAACACGGAGUAUUAGAAGGGCUAGUGGAAUAGAAUAUUAAAUGCCAACAAAAUAUGCAUAAAUUAGUUCUGCCUUUUCAGCUCAUUGUGACAUACAAUUAAGGUUCUAAAUUGCACAGAACUUUAACUCUCAUUCAUUUAUGAAAUGAAUGUCUGUAAAUUUUUCCCAGCACUUAUUACUGAAAAUAGUUCUUUUAAUGUGAGAUUUGUGUAUUGCUUGUAAUGUAAUGUUUAAUGUGUCCUAUUUGACUUAAUAUCUAUUUAAUUUAGGUAUUACAUUGUGUACCUUCUUUACAUAUAGACUAGUAUAUCACAAAUAAUGUAAGCAGUCAUGUUAAAGGAGUUGUCUAAAUUUAUUAGAGGUUGCAAACAAAGUGUUGUGUUCCUUUUGACUCUGAUAUGGAAUGUGUUCAUUAAACAGUCAGUUGUAUCUGUAUCAGACAAAGGGUACUGCUUAUUGAAAUUAAUCCAAAAGAAUUUUUAGAUUUGAUUAGAUCUUCUGACAUAAACCAUGGAAAGAAAAUAAUUUUGACCUUUCUUCUAAACUUGUAAUUUUGUUUGCCACUUUCAUGAAGGGUUAUUUAAGUACUAAUGGUUGUAUCAUAUGUGUGAAAGUAAUGAAAUGAAGGAUUCUUCAUACCAUUUCUAAUUAGUUGGUAAGAAUAUAGAGAAAGCCACAUUACUUAAAAAAUAACCAAAGAAAUUAUGCCUAUUGCUGGCAGAAAAUAUUCUCAAUCUUUAUUGUAAAUGAAUUGUAUCAUAUUACAUUUUUUAGUAUGACAUAAAUGUACAUAAUAUAUAAAAAUAGCUCUCACACAAAGUAACAAUAUUUUACCAUAUAAAAAUAUUGUAUAUAGAAAAAGAUGUGCUGUAUAGAAUAUAGAAUUCUAGUAUAAGUUCUUUUAUGUUCAGUCUAUUAUUACAAAUAUAGAGUGAUGAUAAUUUUGAUAUUUUAUAGACGCAAACAAACGCAACAUUAAGUAUUGCCAUUGAAAAAACAUACUGUAGAAAUAGGCACAAAAGCUUGAUGUGUUAAAAACAAUAUGGAGUAAGAAUAAAUGCUACUAGUUUCA